UCCUCUUGUAUUUAAGCAUCAGUGAACGGACGAGUCAGUCCUUGACAUGACUGCCAGCAGGGGAGUUUGCUUUAUCACAGCCUGAAGCACAACAGCCUCCGAAUUUUGAUGUGUGCUCCAAUCUGAUGGUGCGUCUGCCAUGGCCGUGCGAAAGGCAGCGGGAUGCAUAAUUGUUGUUCUGCUCGUGUACUGCUGUGUGAAGCCCCCACUGCCUCUGGGUGUCUUUCAGCAUUUUGGGAUUGAUCUUCUGUCACCGACUCAUCAGAUAGUAAGACGAUCCACUCUACCGAAUUCCACCGAGUAUGAGGUGGAACUGGUUGUUGAAGUCUUGGACUUGGCACAGUUACGGGUGUUUGUGGCUUUUCUCAAUCUUCCUGUGAUCCUCACCAACACCACGCAAAUUACAUCUGUGAACAUCACAACAGAGUGCUCACCCACACCAGGCGGGCGCCAGUGCACAUGCAGAGACAACUACGCUUUCUCCAGUAACAACUGUCAAAGCGGGUCGGCCUGUGACCCGAUCAUCGGUGGCAGGUGCGGAUGCAUCAGUGGCAUCCCGGCCGACGGUCGAUACUGCGAGCUGAACACCAGCAGUCCGGCCACACCUUCUACGACUACAGUGGUGACUCCAACAAAAGCAGAGACGAUGCCAACGAAACCAGAGACGACUCCAACAGAAGCCAAGACGACUCCAACGAAACCAAAGACGACUCCAACAAAAGCCAAUACGGCCGCAGCAAAAACAGAAGAGAAAUUAAAUGUCACCCUGAACAUUGAAUUCAAAGACUCCUACAAUGACCCGACCAAUGACUUUCACCAAGACGUUUUAAAUACGAUUGAGACUGAAUUUCAAAAGAUUGACCCGGGGGCACAAGUGAGAAAUUUGACAUUCAGGAGCGGGAGCACAAUUGCCGACUACACAGUGGAAGCUGCUUUUCCAGAUCGUAACGUGAUCGAAACAGUCGAAAAUGGAUUAAUCAGAGAGCUGGGCAAGACGUAUGCGGUGAUAUUUGACAGUCCAGAACCUUUGGAUUUCCGUCCAGCUAAGGUCUUCUCUGGGAAGACUGUCACGGCAACAUGUGGUCCUCCUUCAGCCAACCUGGAUUUCACCAGCGGCUGGACGGCCAAGUGGAGCCUGAACAACGUCGACAUCCAGGAAGACGCAGAACACAGAUUCACAUUCCAGAACAAUGUCUCCAAUCUCACAAUAUUGAAAACGUUCAGAACUGACGUCGGAAACUACGAAUGCCGAUUGACGUCUGCAAACAAUUCCGUCUUCCGUCAGAGAUUAACUUUCCAGUUGACCGACGCACCACGGAUCCAGGUGUCUCCUGUUCUGCAGAAAGUUGCUUGUGACAGAGAAGUGACUGUGGAUUUGAAAUGCGAGGUUCAAAGCCCUUACACAGUGAGGUUCACACACAACAAGACUGAAGCAGCUACAGAGGUCACUUACCUGUUUAGGGUUGAAGACUGUGGCACACCCACAAACAGGUUCACUUGUGAGGUGGUCAAACAUCCAGAGUUCACUCGAGAUAUCACGGUGGAAAUAACAAGGGAGGAGUUCACGUGUAAGGUCGAGGACGAUCCUGUAUUUGGCAAUGGAUUGCUGAAUGACGUGGGCAGAGCUCCGUGCGCCGAGAACGAGGACGGAGAGAUAACAGCUGUUUGUAACAGCAGUGGCAUGUGGGGAAGUCGAGAGGAUACCUGCGUCCUGAAGGUCAUCAACGAUCUGCUUGAGCAGUCUGAGAUCGUGAACAGCAUCACUUUGCCAACAUUCUUGGAGGAAGUUAGGGAGCAAGUCGAGUCGCUGUCAGAUGAAGUGAGUGAGUCCGCCAACAACAUCGACGCCACUGUGGAAAUCCUACAAAACAUUGGAGAACUGGCAUCGUCUGGGAACAUAUCGCUCGACAAAACCACAAUGGAGGACUUUCUCAGAACCUCCAGUGUCCUGACCGAUGACAAGGCCAAGCUCUCGUGGGAGGAGCUGAACACAAAAACGGAUACGACCCUCACCAGGACGAGGCGAAGUGUGACACCCACCAAUGAAAGUACAAGCUCGCUUUUCUUGUUCUCCAUUGAGAGCGUGACGCGGGUCCUCACCAACGACUCCUUCAGCAUUUCCACCGACAACAUCCUCCUCGAUAAAACGACGUACACAGACACCUACAGCGAGGACUUCAAUUCCACGGUGGAGAUCGACCUUCAGGAGUCCAGCGGCGAAACCCACAGCCUCACCGUGAUCAACUUCGCUUCCAUGGACAACGUGCUCCCAGUCAGAGCUACUUCAUCUGCGUCAAAAGCUGAACAGGUCAUCAACGGGAAUGUGGUGAUUGUUCAGUCGAGCGGCAGCGUCGACGGCAUCGCCUUGACGUUUGACGAGAGGAACACCAGUUUAGGACGUCCUCAGUGCGUCUUCUGGAACUUCAGCCUCUUCGAUCGAUUCGGCGGGUGGGAUGACCAGGGCUGCGAGAUGGUGGCCACUGUGAAUGGAACCGUCACAUGCAACUGCAGCCACUUGACCGCCUUCUCCAUGCUAAUGUCUCCUUCGGCUCCAGAUAAUCUAUUUCUGGAAAUCAUGACCUACAUUGGCGUCGCCAUUUCCAUCGCCUCUUUGGUAAUAUGUCUGAUCAUAGAAGCGUACGCCUGGAAAAGAAUGAAACUGAAGGACUUGACGUACCUGCGCCAUGUGUGCAUUGUUAACAUCGCAGUCUCGCUCCUUAUCGCCAAUAUUUGGUUUAUCAUCGGGGCGGCCGUGUCAGAGUCAGCGGUGACAACGAAAGGCACCUGCAGCGCCGUGACGUUCUUCAUUCAUUUGUUCUACCUGGCCUUGUUUUUCUGGAUGUUGCUGUUCGGCCUCUUGCUGAUCAAAAGCAUGGUCUCCGUCUUUGACACCGGCUCAUCCAAACGAUCCAAGCUGGCCAUCGGCUUUUCCCUGGGCUACGGAGCCCCGCUCCUCAUCGCCGUCAUCACUAUAGCUGUGACCGCCCCCAACGACGAGUACACCGCCGGGGCCAAGGCGUGCUGGCUCAACUUCUUCCAGUCCAAAGCUCUGCUGGCCUUCGUGGUCCCAGCUCUGACCAUCGUGGCCAUCAACCUGGUGAUCCUGAUCUACGUCCUGUUCAAGAUGUUAGUCAGCAGAAAAAGAGAUUUGGGCAACUCCGCUCGUGCCCAACAACAAAGCGACAUCGUCGUGAUCGUCAGAACUGUGGCGGUCCUCUCGCCGUUCUUCGGCUUAACAUGGAGCCUUGGAGUGGGAACCAUGGUGGAGCCGACCAACUUUGGCAUCCAUGCCGCGUUUGCAUUCUUCAACUCAUUGCAGGGGUUCUUCAUUCUUGUCUUUGGGACACUGUGGGACAAAAAGGUGCGAAAAGAAAUUGGAUUGAGUUCCAGAUCUUCAAUGAGCAACACAAGGAACACCACCUCUGGGACAUCCUCAAGUGGACUUCUGGGGAGACUGAGGAGGAGAGGGGGAGAUGGCUAUCACGUGUCUACCUCCAACUCAUCUGGCAACACCUGAAGAAUCACAGCAGAAGAACUGUUCCAGAUGUGUCAUGUAUAUUUUGGUGUUUCCUGUUACCUUUACAUGCUAAAGAAGUGUUGUGUGAAACAGCAACACAAAGUUGUGUAUAGUACAUUACUAUAGAGAUUUUUUAUGACGACAGUUGUGUGAAGACAAACCGAGGCACACACCCGCACUAAAAAUAACAUUUAUUUAUUUUUCUCCUUUCAUGAUGGUGUUACUUGUGGCUUCUUUGGAUGCACAUGACAAAAUGCACUGGAUAAAUGUGAACCUGAUUAUGUUGUUCAAGUGUAGAUGCAAAAAUUGAUAAUAAAGUGAUGACUCUCUGU